AUGGUGCACGUGGAGCCUAUCCGCAAGAAGGUGGACCUGGUGCCCAUCCGCAAGGGGAACCUGCGAGAAGCAGGCUUUGUGCUGGACCAUCCGGCUCCCGAAGUGGACCAUGGGCCCAGCAAAACUGGCAAUAAGGUGACGGUUGUGCUUGACAUUCCCCUUCACGAGCACGAAAACAACAAAUCUCACCUAACCGCUGAUUCUUCACUCCACCGGGUGGUCCAGGUUAUCGCGUUCUUCUCUGUGCGUCUGAAUAGAAACCACCGCCCUCCAACUGGACCAGUUCCAUCUGGCUAUGCUCGAUUCUACGUAUCGAUGUGGACCGAGCUCGCCAAUGCUGACAAGGUGUAUCCGGAAUUGCAAGAGAAAUUGAAGACGCUUGCACCUUCGAUCCCCCACGACCAAGCGCCGGAUUAUCCUCACUACUUCGAAGAGCAGGGGCUGCAUAUUGACGGCAGCAACAACUAG